AUGAUAAACGACAAAGAUGAUAUCCAGAUUAUAUCAGAGUCGAAUAAAGCAGAACGUCUCAGGGAUGAAGCGACAGCCAAAUUCCUCGAGAAAGCGCUCAAAGCCGAAGGAGAAGGCGAUAAGGCGAGAUCCGAUAUAGGACCCGUUGCCACUAAAGACACAGAGUCCAUUUCGAUGUUUGGGGCAACAACCGACCACCCAGUGAAAGGGUCCCGGAAGAACACCACAGUCGGAGGCACCAACUUUCACUGGGGAGACAAAAACUCCCAUGAGGACGUCGGGUUCACGCCAUAUUUUGAGAAGAACAUCACCAAGCUCAAGGGACCAAUCCCGUUGACGAUUUUCAACAAGGCAUGGCAAGACGCAGCCCUCUCAUACCAUGCUGAGAAAAGAACCAAGACCGACGACAACUCGACGGAAAAAGGACUCCGCUACACUGGCUAUCCCUAUCCGAGUGAAUGGCUGAUGAACUACAGCGACUGGAGCCUAAACUACGAAGAGUUCACCAUCACAAUCAGAGAUGUUUAUAAAUUCGAAACUCUAGGUGAAUGGAUUGUACUGCACAAGGCCAACUGUGACAAAAUCCUCCGGAAAGACGGAUUCAUGACGGCGCUACGCUACGACAUCAGAAUCCGAGCAAACGCCUUUGCCCACAGGGUAGUACGUAACGGAGUCUCUUCCUUCUCUGACAUUUCCAUGUUCAGACAAGAGGUUUACGACACCGCUUACGCCGAAGCAAGACGCUUCGACGAGUUAUCUUUCUGUGACUCAAACCCAUACGCAAUUGGAGGAGUGAGAAGCGGCUGGGACCCACACACCGGCUCAAACCAAAACAAGAAAGCAAGCGGUCAACAGUCUUCCGUCAAACCAACACCGACAGGACCUUCGGGCUCAACCAACACGCUCCCCCCCAAGCCUAGAGACAACCGACCGGCAAGAAGCUCCGGUUAUCAAGGAAAAAAUUUCAACCCGAACUAUGCGGAACAAAGGCAAGGCGGUAAUCAAAACCGCAACUCGAACAACAACAACGGACCUGAGACGGACCCAAGUGAGCAACCAUACAUGGCAGUGAGUGAAGUAAGCGAGUGCCAAAAGGAGCUACCCGUUGAAGGCACCUGGCCGAGCGGCAUCGAGUGUGACAUGAACAUACCAGAAUGGAAGAAAGCUUUAGAAAAAGCAAAUCUCACAACCGAAUUUGAAGACGUACUACUCGGUUUCGAGCACGGCUUCUGCCAAGGUAUCCCUCAACACCACCUGGGAAGCGAGUUCCCAUUCUUUGUACCCCCAAACCACAGCUCAGCGCUUCUCGCCAGAGCAAAAAUCGAGGAAUCCAUCGCAAAAGAGAUUCAAGCUAAAAGAAUGUUUGGUCCAUACUCACCCAAACAAGUUCACGCAAAGUACGGAUUCUUCCGUGCAAACCCGCUAGGAGCAGUAAUCAACGGAGACGGCUCGUUCAGAGCAAUCAACGACUUGUCCUUCCCACAUGGAGACAAGAAAAUCCCUUCCGUGAACUCGUUCGUAAACAAGGAUGAAUUCAAAACAACAUGGGACGAUUACAAAGCCGUCGCUAGAUUCUUAAGGGCUCGGGAGAGACCAUCCCUCUUAGCAAUCUUCGACUGGGAGAAAGCAUAUCGUCAAAUCCUGACAGCAGAAAAUCAGUGGCCGUACCUCAUGCUCAGAGAUUUCGACGGCAACAUAAUAAUCGACACAAAAAUUGCCUUUGGAGGCGUUGCCGGUUGCGGCUCAUUUGGGAGACCGGCAGACGCGUGGAAGCACAUAAUGCUGUCUGAAUUCGAUCUAGUAGAGGUCUUCAGGUGGGUAGACGAUUACCUCUUUGUAAAAGAGUUAGAAUCAACAGUUGAGAUGGACAAAAUUGUGAAACGGUCAGACGAACUAGGAGUCCGGAUGAACCCCACCAAGAUCUCCCCCUUCAAGAGAGAGCAAAAGUAUAUUGGUUUUAUCUGGGACGCACACGACAAAACGGUCCACCUCCCAGAAGAAAAGCUUGCACAAAGGAUCACACAGAUCGGUGAAUUUCUCGAAACAGAGAAAAAAUUCUCCUUCAAUGAAGUCGAAGCUUUAACGGGACAAUUAAAUCAUGUCUCUUAUAUGCUACCCCAGCUAAGGUGUUACCUUUGUGGGUUGUAUAGAUGGAUGUGCAGCUGGGUACAUAGAAACACAAAACUACCUAUAUGUAAGGUCUGGAUAUGA